AUGGUGUGUGGAGGUUCGCAGGAUGAGUACUAUCUGAGUAAUGUCUAUGAUCACAGUGAAGGUUCAUCCUUUUUACUAAAUUUGAAAUUCAAGGUGGAUGCCCUGUUCAUCUCGGGAGUGUCAGAGAGUGAGCAAAUCGACCCAUUUGGAGAUUCCUUCAAGCCAACCUUUGCCUCAACAGACACGAGCAAACCCCGGAUCACGGCAAGCACUGCACCCACGCCAGCCCCUCUGGCUCCCCCUCCAGUCUCAGGUCGUAGCAGGCACGACUCACACCAUGGUGCAACGCUGCAGCAGCACCAGCACACAGCAUCAACAACUCCUGGGAGCACACAGGAUGUUAGCUCAGGAGACUUUGCCAAGUUCCCCGUGAACUUCCCUGAUGUGACAAAGUCGCCCCCACCUGCUCAAACGCCACUGCCUCAGCAGGCAGCGCAGGCCAGAGAGAACCAGGAGGAUAGAUACGCAGCUUUUAAGGAGUUUAGAACUGUAAAUAAUGGAUCUUUUAAUGAUUUUAGUGAUGCACGGUUCUGUGAAGGGCAAGAAUCUGAAACAAGUGGUGCGUCGAGCAUUCACCAGGCGGACGAGUUUGACGCACAGUGGAUAAAAGCUGAAGUCUCAAAUGAAUCUCACUUAACUGGAAGUAAACAGUCUCAUUAUGAUGUAUUUACUGAUUUAGACCCACUUGGAACUGGAAAAAAUCGCCCUUAUGUUGACAAACGAGAUUUCUUUAGUGAAAUGCGGAAACCAGCAAAGCGAGUUUUGCGGGAGUUGGGUGACGGUGAGGCAUCAGCGCCGAGUUCUCCACGAACGCAGCCGGGAGUGAUCCCUCCGGAGGUCUCUGCACUGGUGGCUUCAACCUCACUCUACUCAACAACGUCAAGAUCGGCCAGUGUAACUGCCACCAGGCCAACAACAUCGACAAACACUACUCCAAUUCACAGUACUUCUGUCCCCUCUCAUCCUUUCACUGAGUCAUUUAGUCCCCCAGAUUCAUUUGGCCCUGAGGACUUUCAGUUUCACCAGAACACAGAAAAAGAUUUCUAUGAUGCCACAAACUUCUCCUCUUCAGGAUUUGCUGAUUUUAAUACAUUUCAUAAUGAUUCCCCAAGGAGUCAGAGGUCAGAGAUGUCCAGCAGCAUACCAGAUGAACCUCCCCCUCCCUUGCCUUGCGGGCCUCUAACAGUGGCUCUCCCCCCAGAAUCCUUCAGAGACAGUCCUCCGCCCUUUUCUCCACCACCAGUACCAAAGUCUCCAGAAAGAAUGGCCUCAGGCCCAGGCUCUCCCCAGUUGAGUCACCACCCCCACCACUCCCCAGUACCUCAAACUCGCUUGAGUAAACAGGUUAUGGCUUCAUCUAUCAGCCCCAAGACAUUGCCUCGAAGUCACAAAUUUAGGAAACAGUCAAGCUUUGAGAAUGAGUGGAAUGUAGGAGAUACAGGUCAUUUGAAGUCCUUCACAAGUGGAGAACUUACUCCCCCAACACCUCCACAGCUACAUAGUGAAGGAGGCCUUAGCCCAAGACCAAGGCCUCGCUCUCACCUGUCAAAGCAGCUGAGUGCCAGUUCAGCAACCUUGGCACUGAGGCCUUCACAUAGCCGUUACAGUGAUGCUGAGCAAUUUUCUUCCCCAGAGUUGGAGAGCAGGCCAUUCCCAACUGAUGGCCUCAACCUCAGCUAUGAGGAGGCUCCAAAACCACCCCCUAGACCAGCACACAUUGAGCCUCCACCUCUUCCACCCAAGAGGCAACCCACUCAUGUCGUUUUGAGACCUCCACCUCGACCUCCUCCAUCAUGUGACCCACAUUAUAAUUAUAUUAAUGAAUAUGAUUCUUCACCUGAAGGAUCCAACACUCCACCCAUACCCAUUCCAGCCCGGAAACCUCGAUAUCCAGACUCAGCAGCUCAGCCAGCUUUUAUACCAAGCCGAUCCACAAAGCCCUCCCAUCCAGAUAGUUUCCAAUUCCCCAAACCUAGUUUGAGUCCAACACAUGACGUUGGGAGAAAUGUGUAUGAUGUUGGGGGAGCUGUACCAAAAACUUCAAGGGAUUCAACCCCAAGUAAGUCCUCAACUCCAGGAAAAUCUCCACGGCUUAUACAGAAAAGCACUGCAUCUGUUGAUCUUGCUAACACUAGUCUUGACCAGUUGGCAGCCAGCUUAGACAUGCCAGUGGAACAGUUAGCCAGGAUGACUGUAGUAGAGUUAGCUGCUUGCUUAGCCCAGCUGCAGCUGAGACAGGGAGGUGAUCUUGAAAACCAGGCCAAGGAAGAUAUCCAGACACAUGGAAUGUCUUCUGGAGAGCAGUCAGGUAGAAGAUCUAGAGCUUCAAGUAGAGAUCACAGUAGAGACCGAUUUGCUUUUGAUGAGGAUGAAAUGUUUGCAAAAUUUGAUGCGCAAUUUCCAAAGAGCCCAGUGGAGCCCCCAGAAUUUAGUGUUACAAGUAAUCAGCAGUCAACGCAUGCUGUUGGAGCACCAGUCAGCGAAGACAGAUAUGCUGUAUUCAGAGAACUUUCAACAACAGUCAACAAACAAAAGUCAGUGUUUGAUGAGAACUUUUUGACACCACAGAAUUCCAUGGAUGAAGAAGUUUCAGAAGUUUCAUCUGGCACUUUCAAAGCAAACUUUGAGAGUGAUCUCAGAAAAGAUUCCCUUGAUCGAAAAUCAUCUCUCAGUGAUGAUGGUGAAAUUGGUGAGCUGGAGAAGGACAAAGAGUGGCAUCCACCAAAUCAUGAUCUAGAAUGUGUGACAGUCUUUAGAAGCCCCGAGAUUAGUGAGUAUGACAACUUUGAACCCACCUUCGAUGCCAAGUUCGACGAUGAUUUCUCGGCUGCUACGUUGAGUGAGAAGAGCAUUACACCUGUAAAUUCUCCUACCCCACAGAGAUAUACAAGUCCACGACCACAGAGGAAGCAGAUAGAGGCACAUAAGUCACCUUUUACCGAUGAUUUUAGUUCUGUUAGUAUUUCUUCCAAGCAAACCUCUGGACGCCAGGAAAGAACAGAGUCAGAAACCUCAUUCGCCAGUUUUGAUGAUAAUUUUGUGCCUCCUGCAGAAGGAGAUAAAUACUCAAACUACCAAGACUUUACUGGCAGUGGAAGAGUAUCAAGGCAAGACUCACAGAGAAAGUCACCAUUUGUAGAUAAUUUCAUUGACUCCAAAGGAAAAGAUCAGAUUGAGGAUAGUGGAUUCACCUCAGGCUUUGGAGAUAGCACAGACACCUUUGAUGAUCCUUUCACCAGUGUGGAGCCAAAAUCAAGAAGUGCAUCCAGAGGAAGUUCGGAGAUGAUGAAAGUUUCAAUGGAAAGAGAAACAACUCUCCAGCCACCAGUUGACACAACAGUUACCAAAAGAAAAAGUCCAUUUGAUGAUGACUUUACUAAUCGUGGUGAUCGUUACGAGGUGUUAAAGGAGGUUGAGAGCGAAAGAGAACCAUCUCUGGAAGGGGAAGUGAGUCGGUUGACAAGACAGGGAGAUGCAAGGGGAUCUCCCUUUGAGGACUCCUGGCAUGGAUCUCAGAGAAAUACGCCUUUUGAUGAUCAAAAAUCCAUUGGUUCACUACAUUCCAUUCAUGAAGAACAUCGAAACAUUCCACAAGAGUCUCCCUUUGAGGACGACUUCAAUGGUGACUCAAGGAAGGCUUCAGUAGACCAUGGAAGGCUUUCUCGGACAGGCUCAGAGAACAGAAAAUCUCCGUUUGGUGACAGCUUCACUCCGCCUUCCUCAGGACGGGCUCACAGGAACAGAAUCCCAUCGCGGCUGAGUGUUGAAAGUGAGGGAAGUGAUGUUAGACAUUCCCCAUUUGAGGACAACUUCAGUUCAAUCAUAGGCAGUGUCGCCGAAGAGGUGACAUUUGAUGCAUUCCCCAGCCUGCCACAGGAUGCAUCUGUAACAAGUGAGGCUGAGGAAGUGGAUCCGUUUAGUGUGAAACUGAACAAGCCACCAUCAAAGUCCCCUGAGGGUGAUUCAGAGAUGCACUUUGCAGAUUUCGAGCAUGCAUUCCAGCAGAACGAGGGGGAGGAGCCCAAGCAGAGCAAUGAAGAGCCAGCUGAAAGCACACCAGCUAAGACUAAGACGCCACAGCCGGGCGAGGAGGUGCUCGAAGAGGAUAUAUUCCCUGACGACGAGAUGGAGUUCAAGAUCUCAGCACGUUACGUCACACCCACCCCUGACAUGAAGAAGUCAGACUCCAUUAACAUAUUCCGCCGGAACAGUGACCCCUUCGCUGAUGAUUUCUUUUGUAGUGAGGGUGAGGGCAGUAAUGCGCCAGGCCCAGUAAAGCCAGAGGAUGACCCAUUUUGGGAAAAACCCUUUGAUAAUUUUUCCUUUCCUGUGGAUCAGUAAUAUAGAAACUCAUUACUGAAAUAUUAAUGCUCAGAAUAUACUAUUAAUACUGUGGAAGUAAAUAGCAGUUUGGAACAUUGAAUUUAAUGUAUUAAAAGGGUAUAUUAAAAUGAUAAAUUGUAUUAUUUUUUUGGGUCAAAUGUCACAUAUUGUAUCAUGUCACAAACAUAUUCACAAGACUUUCUGAUUAUUUUUUAUUAGAUUGAUGAUAAAUUAGUGUAUAUAAAAGUCAGACAUCUUACUGAUGAUAUUGCCAUAUGUAGACUUAACUUUCAUUGUACAAUUCCUCACAAUUCAUUUGUAUUUCUGCAAUUAAAUCUUCAUACACUCAAAAUGUAUAUGUGGCAAGUGUAUGCAAAUGCUUUGGAGUAGAAAAUUAUAUUUUUUUUCUGUUUAACUAAUCUGUGAUCUAUCUCUGCUUGUGUUCAUCAUAAAUUUGUUUUGUAUUUUUUGUCUGAAUUUUAGUCUUUGACUCUACAAUACCAAUACUCAUUGAGUAAUAUUCUGUGACGAAUUCUCUCUCUUUCUUACUCAAAAUACAGUUUUUAGACAGGAAAAGUAAAUCAUAUUUUUAUUGGAACUGUAGUGCAAUCACUAUUUAUUUUGUAGAAUAUGUUGAUGUAUGUACUGAAUAUGUGUGUAUAUAUAUUUUUUUGACUUGUAUUCUUUUGUUGGUUUGAGAAAAUCACAUGACUGGAAGUAGUGUAGUAGAAAAGCUAUAGACACAAGAUAAUGCUGACUUUAUCAAAACAGUGCUGGAAAUGUUAGAACUUCUUUUUUUUUCCAUUUUGGGGGGGAUGUUUGUAUUUGCAGAUAUUGCAUCAUUGGUAAUGUCAGCCUUUAAUCCAUUAGUGACAGUAUUGGAAAUCUCUCGGCGGCAUAGACUCCGGUGAUUUCUGUCGACUGUCCUGCCGUUGUAAGCGGGAGUCUGCUAUAUGUAGCAGAACUUCCCGCUCAAAGCGCUCUUGCACAUCAUCAUGCAUAUAGCCGUUCCUGGCAGAUCAAGCGGUUUGUUAUAACGGCUAUACACACGGCCCGGCAGUAACGGGUUAAUAUCCUGCACACUGGCCGGUUUUUGGAGAGAGCUGGAUAAAGAAAGAAAAAUCCCACCGAAUACAAUACUACCCCUCUCAUGCGGGGUGUCUGAUAUUGUAGAUCAAUUUCAUUCUUUGUCUUGAUAAUUUUUUUUUGAUUGAUAAAGAACACAAAUACUCUUGAUUAAUAUCUGAAAUUAUUGAUUAUCCUUUUUUAAUAAUUUCUUCAACGUAUUUAUGAUUUACUCAUACUAAUUUCACCAAGUUCUGAAUCUGAACUGUGUUGACUUUUUCCUAUUCUGUGAAAUAUAGCAUCUUGCACUUUCAGAGUAAUACAGUAUUAUAGACCUCAUAGCUACUUAUUUCCCCUCGAACUGUCAGUGAAAGUAGUCUGCCUUCAUUUCUUUCUUUUUCUUUUUCUUUUUAUACAAGAUGCCAUAUGAUUGAUAUGAUUGAUGACAUGCUACAUGUAUGUCUUAAAUGGAGACAUGUCUUUAGGUCACACAUAUUGAUAUUUAUUGAUAUUUUAGAUGGUAUUUGAUCACAUCACAAUGUUGAGUGAACUGUUAUUUUUCAUUGCCAUAAAAAAGGGAGAUUUCCAAAAGUGUAUACUGAAUAGAAGUGAUGUUCAAGUAAUAUAUUCUUUUAUUGAUGUGACUAUCUUAAUAAUUUCUUAUGUUUUCCUAAGCAGAAGGAUUUCACUACGAUUGUUCUCUACACAGUGCUAUCAAGAUAACUGCACAGAUCAGGAAUGAUGUUGGUAAUAUUUACUCAAGCAUGUGAAGAAUAUAAUAAGUUCAAUCUUUUUAUUCAUGAUAAUGAAAUAUAUAAAUAUGUCUUUUUUUAGAGAUGACCUCUUUCUUUGAUUAAAAGAGUAAAAAGAGUAUUUUAAGAGCCUAAAUUUCACAAAAUUUAAAACUCAGAUAAGAUCACAGACAAAAAGAGUAAUGAAGAUUGAAAAAAGCAAGUGCUUUGUAGACAAUGGAAAAAAGCCUUGUCACAAAUUACAGAAUAAGAAAAUGUACUGACUCUCCAAAUUUUCCUCUCUUCUCGCGCUCUUACUCAAGUCCCGUUCAAAGCUUUGUGUCUUUUUUGAUUUGCUUGAAUGAUGAUACGAAGUUACACUUCUACUACGCCAUCAGAGAAAAAAAAAUUACAUACCUAAAUACAUAUAAUACAAAAAAAUAAUUAAAAGAGAGUGAAAACCAUUUACACAGCAGUCAACGUUGAACUGUGUUAGCAUCUGGUAGUAGGUGAGCCAGACCGCUAUGUCUUGGCCCUAACUAUAGUUGUUAAGUGUAUUCAAAACUGUAAAACCCAAACUGCUCAGGCUUCAGAUACUCUUAUCUCCUCUCUCUUGAGCAUAUGCUAAUCGCGAGGAGUUCAUUUUUAUAACCAUGUCUGAAGAUAGAUUAUUAAUUUAUUAUAUAGUUUCUGUACAAAUAUUGUAACUCAAGUAAUAGUAAUAACAAUAACAAAUU